CAAAAGUUUGUUGUUUUUCAUCGUCGUUUUUGUGUUUUGAUCGUUUUGAUAUGCUGAGAUUAUUGAUUUUUCGAGGAAAAUGUAAAAAAGUUACAAAAAUUCGUUGUGUUCAUAGGAAAAAAUCUGUGCUCCUUCACCAAUCUAUAAGUAAUGUUGCAGAGAAUCAUUGAAAAGCCAAUCGACGUUCCCAGCAGUAGCAGCACCAGCAGCAAAAUGGAAGAACUUUCCGGGGUAAUGAUUGUGCUCAUCAUCGGGGGCGGAGUCCUUGCCGUGACGAUUUGUUUCAUCAUUGCCAAGCGGCAGAUUGUCCGGUUUGCGCUUCGCCAGAGACGUGGACCCCAUGUUGCAGUGGGACAUGAUGCUAAAAAGUCCAUAAAGAAGGAGAUCGAGAGGCGAAUCGACUGCAUUCAGAAAAUUUAUUUUGAACCCAAGCUGCUCUGGGAUGACAAAACAGAUGGUAAAAAAUACAUUUUGCAACCAGACGCAAAUUUACCACCUUACUACUAUCGUAUGAAGGCCAUGGAUGAUGUCAAAGAAUUAGAGAAAGAGAUUGCCAAACAGGAUGGAUCGACCCGUCAUCCACGAGACAGCUUGAGAGCAUUUCUUCUGACUACUUUAGCUGCACCGUUGAAUGGAUCUGGCCAGAGAUUGAUCCAUCAGUUCUGUGAUAUGUAUGAGCACGCACGACAUGAUCCUAAUGAGUUCGGUGAGGAGGAGUAUCAAUCAUACCAGCGAUUACUCAAGAAAUUGACGGAUGCAACCAAAAUGCUGAAAUCGUUCAGCAACAGUCGCAAAUCGUCACCUAAUCGAACACCGAAGAAGCAGAGCAAAAUGCAAUCGCUGUUAGAUCCAUCGCGAUUGAGACCUCCGCCAAUGGGUGGAGCUGGGGUCGGCGGAGAAAUAGGUGGUCGAGGGGGUGACGGUGGAAACCAUAAUGCACGCCUGAAUCUUUCCCUGGGCGUUCAACUGCAGCAUCAACAGCAACAACAACAGGAACUUGACGAAAAUGAAAUACUCAGCAUCUCUCAGUAUCACGGAGAAACAGAAACCUUCACCAUACACAGGUCUUUCAAAGAUUGAAAUGGUUUGAGAUACGAUUGUACGCCAUAAAUAUUCAUUUAAUAUUUAAUUAAUAUUGAUAAUAGAGUUCAACACAAGGGAAGAAA